GCCAUACUCCAGGCAGUUAUCUUUACAGGCGGUUGUGUGAGUCAGUCCCUGCAGAAGGGAACAGAACAGCGGGGGUGCAACAAGAGGAGGCAGGAGUGGAGUUAUACUGAAACCUGAAACUUUCUACUCAGAGAACAUUUAUCCACUGGACUCUUGGAGCGUUUCUACAUUUAUUUUUUCUCUUGAAGCAGGUCUGUUCUGUUCUAUACUGAAAGCUCCAGUGAGUUGCAUUUUACUUUUAUCCUGUAGACUCUCCUCUGUUGUGAACAAUGAGGUCCAUUGAACCUUUGUGCCGUUGGAGAAUCAUCCCCCUGGCUUUGACCAUGGCAGUGGUAUCUACGAGCAGAGCCUCUGAGUAUGAAUACCUGAGCUGGAAAUCGGACUUGUACAAUGGUGGCCGCAGCUAUGGCAAGCCUCCUCAAUGUGUGGAUAUCCCAGAGGACCUGAGGCUGUGCCACAAUGUGGGCUACAACCAGAUGCUGCUGCCUAACCUACUGGAGCAUGAGACUAUGGCUGAGGUGAAGCAGCAGGCGGGCAGCUGGGUGCCCCUGGUGCAUAAGAGCUGCCAUCCGGGUACCCAGGUGUUCCUCUGCUCCCUGUUUGCCCCAGUGUGCCUGGAGCGUCCCAUAUACCCCUGCCGCUGGCUGUGUGAGGCUGUACGAGACGGCUGCACCCCUAUCAUGGAGUCCUUCGGCUUCCCCUGGCCUGAGAUGCUCACCUGUGACAAGUUUCCCCAGGAUGACGUGUGCAUUGCCAUGACUGCACCCAAUGCCACUGAAGCUACCAAGCCCACAGGUUAUUCCCCCAUAUGUCCCCCAUGUGACAAUGAAAUGAAAACAGACAUCAUUCUAGAGCACAUGUGUGCCAGCGAGUUUGCUAUCAGGACCAAGAUCAAGGAGGUGAGACGGGAAGGCAUGGACCGCAAGGUAAUUCUGCAGAAGAGGAAGAAGCCAUUGAAACUGGGAAACCUAAAGAAGAAUGACCUAAAAAAGCUGGUUCUGUACCUGAAGAAUGGAGCCGACUGCCCUUGCCAGCAGUUGGAUAACUUGGGCAACACUUACCUGAUCAUGGGACGCAAGGUGGACACGCAGUUCCUCCUGACGGGCAUCCACAAGUGGGACAAGUCCAGCAAAGAGUUCAAAAAGGCCAUCAAGAAACUCAAGACCCACAAGUGUCCAGCUUUCGAGAAUGUCUUUAAAUAAUCAGACCCAACUUUUUUACAAGCAUCUCAUCAUCAAGAUACACAAGAACUUGCACAACCAAAAUCCACAUUUUGUUUUUGUUCAUAUAUCUAUAUAAACUGUAUAUCUUUCUAUAUUUACAGUCCGGCUUUACAUUUUUCCACCAUCCAUUUUGCAGUGGAGCGUUGUGAUCAUUGAGACCUCCUGCUAUAGUGGUUUCCAGUUAUCUGACAAAGUUAAUGACACUGCACCCUCUUCCUCCUCUAUUGAAACCAUUUCCACUUCGUGUAUGUAGAUACUUGUGUUACACACAAGUGCAGUAAAAAUACAACAAUUCAGUGAGUUCUGCUGAAGUGGAUGGACUUGCUUCUCUUGCUCUGAACAUGGAUAAGUAGAUCAUAGAAUCAUCAAUUAGAUCACAUUGAAUAGAUUAGACAGAAUCAAUAAUAACGUGUAUUUUAGCUUUAAAAGCCACAUCAUAGAGGAGGCAUGGAUAGGGUCAUUGAAUAACUUAUUGACCAUAUUAUGAUAGCGUGCCUUCACCUGAUUGUCUCAUCAAAAUAAUGACUGCACUACAGUUGAAAUUAAGAAUGUCGUCCUCUUUUCAGUUGCCUCAUUUGUUUGACAUUUUCUUUGACUUUAACAAAUAUAUAGAAAUGUCCAUCCAAUCAAUUCCAGUACAUCAACUGCAUCACCUGAGUGAAAAGACCUUUUGCCUAAUGGUACAGUAUAUGAAUUGUACUGUGUGCUAAACUCUGUAUGUUAUAAUGCAUGCAUUGUUCGGUGUUUCAAUUCUCUUGAGUGGCCACUCUGGUAUAGAAUAAUUAAAUAAAUCCCUUGUAUUUGUAUAUGAUGUCAGAUAAUAUUUGACCAAAAGUUUUCUUAUUGUUUUUUGUUAAUGCAGUCUUCAAUUGCUGUCCCUCCAGAUUGAUGUUUAUUAAGUUUGUGACAACUUUGAAAGUGCAUAUAGUUGCUUGACAAAUCUGUAUUUUUAAUUGUUUUGUUCAGUAUUGAUGGUACAUCUUAGCACUAUCACAUUAAAUUACAGAUUUUUUUAUGGCUGCAGUGCAUUGCUGCCCGUUAUGUACAUACACAUUUGACAUAAAUAUAGAAAACAAUGA